UUGUUAUGUGACAAUGAAUAAGUUAGCAGGUUUGAGACGUGUGAACACCAGGCGUCAAAUGUGCAUUGCUCUAUAGAGUGGGAGGCGCCGCUGCUAAUGCGCAUGCGCAAUUAGCACUAGCGAGAACUUGCAAACCUUCAGGUGUGAAUAAGUCAGUGAUGAAGAAUGAAGGCGGAGGAGAAAAGUAAGAGAGCCGGAGAAGGCCAUUCACACAGCAAGAAAAGAUCAGCUGAGACAAACGACCACAGAAUUAGAAAGAAAGCGAAAUCGACGAGAUCAGGAUCCAAGGAAAAACUUGAAGAUUCUGAACUGAAUGAAAAGUACCCCAGAUCUUCUGUAAAGAACUCUCACUCAAGGAUUUCACACAAACCUCUCCAGGAGUCUAAGAUCACAAGCUCUGAAAAAGUCAAGUUUGAUGCCGAGAUCAGUGUAUCUGAAGCCGAAAAGGUUAAGGUGGAUUUGUAUGAAGAGUUGGAAAAGAGAGUGGAUGGAAACAAUAACUUGGAGGAAGCAAUGCGGGCACAAGGGAAAGCAGAACAAGAAGGAUAUGAAAUACCUUUUUUACCUGAGGGAACUAAGAACUAUAAGUCUAACAGCACUAAAAGCAGUCCCAAGGAUCCACACAAGAUUACUGAUGACGAAGAUCCUAAACUCCAAGGAAAGAGAUCUGAAAAGCUUCAGAAAAAUAAAAACAGGAAAUGUACUCCUGAUGUCAAUAGUCAUUCAGUAUGUCAGAUUGAUAAUAGCCACACAUCUCUGACAGCUGUGAAAGAGGAAGAUGUUAAAGAGCAAAUCUUUAAUCCCAUUUCUGACCGUGCACAAACAUGUCUGCCUGUUGAGAAUGAUCUAGAGGUGAGAAAUGCUGAAAAGAUGAGGGACAAAGAGUCCACUGUCAGUAUUGCACAGGAUAAAGCACAAGGCCAGAAGAAAAAAAGGAGCUCUCGCAGCACAGAACAAGAGCCAAAGAAAAAUAAAAAGGCCAAGAGGGAAAAGGAUGAGGAAAAGGAAAAACAGAACAAGAAAGGAGUGAAAAAAGCUGAGGAUGAAGCUGGUAAAUGGAAAUGGUGGGAGGAAGGAAAGCAUGCAGAUGGUCAGAAGUGGAGAAGUCUUGAGCACAAAGGGCCUCUCUUCCCACCGGAAUAUGAACUUUUACCAAGCGAUGUGCAGUUUUUAUAUGAUGGAGCGCCUGUGCAGCUAAACCCAGCUGCAGAAGAAGUAGCAACUUUUUAUGCCAAGAUGCUCGAUCAUGAGUACACCGCCAAGCAGGUUUUUCAAAACAAUUUCUUCACUGACUGGAAGGAGGUAAUGACAGAAGAUGAAAGGAAACUAAUCAAGAAGCUGUACAAGUGUGAUUUCAGCAAAAUCCAUGCAUACUUUUUGGAAAAGACAGAAGCAAAGAAAAACAUGACGAAGGAAGAAAAACAGGUUUUAAAGGAUGAAGCCACUAAACUAACAGAGGAGUAUGGAUACUGUCUGUUGGAUGGACACAAGGAAAAAAUAGGCAAUUUCCGUCUGGAGCCUCCCGGGCUGUUUAGGGGACGAGGGGAGCACCCCAAAAUGGGCAAGCUGAAGAGACGUGUCCAGCCUGAGGAUGUGAUUAUUAACUGCAGUCAAGACGUAAAGGUCCCAGAGCCACCUGCAGGUCAUCGGUGGAAGAGAGUGCAGCAUGAUAACACAGUCACAUGGCUGGCAUCCUGGGUGGAGAACAUCCAUGGACACAUCAAGUACAUCAUGCUCAAUCCCAGCUCCAAACUUAAGGGUGAGAAAGACUGGCAAAAGUAUGAAACGGCUCGUAAGCUAAAACUGAGUGUAGACGAUAUAAGACGUGAGUACCGAAGGGCCUGGAGUGCUCGAGAGAUGAAACAAAGACAACGAGGAGUUGCUUUAUACUUCAUUGACAAGCUAGCUCUGAGGGCUGGUAAUGAGAAAGAUGAUGAUACCGCAGACACAGUGGGCUGCUGCUCUCUGCGUGUAGAGCACAUCACCCUCCACCGACACCAGGAUGGUCAGGACUAUCUAGUUGAGUUUGACUUCCUGGGCAAGGACUCCAUCAGAUAUUACAACAAAGUGCCUGUGGAAAAACAAGUUUUCAAAAACUUGAAACUGUUCAUGGAAAACAAGGAUCCAGAAGACGACUUAUUCGACAGAAUUUCUACAAUCUACCUCAAUAAGAAGCUAAAUGAGGCAAUGCCUGGACUGACAGCCAAAGUGUUUCGAACUUUCAAUGCUUCUACCACUCUGCAGGAGCAGCUGGGCAAGCUCACCAUUGAUGAUAUGACUGUGGAGGAAAAACUGCUGGCCUAUAACCGAGCGAACAGAGCUGUGGCUAUACUCUGCAACCACCAGAGGGCAGCACCCAAAACAUUUGAGAAGUCCAUGUUAGCCCUUCAGGAGAAGAUCAAAAAGAAAAAAGAGGAAGUGGAGAAAGCCAAAAAGGAGCUGAAGCAAGCAAAGAAAGAUCACAAGGAGCAACCGUCGGAGAAGUCAAAGAAGCUGGUGGAGAAGAAGGAAAAUGCUUUGAAGAGACUGUCAGAGCAGUUAAAGAAGCUCAAGCUGCAGGAGACGGACCGAGAGGAGAACAAGGUCAUCGCUCUGGGCACUUCCAAGCUCAACUACCUCGACCCCCGCAUUACUGUGGCCUGGUGUAAGAAGCACAACGUUCCUGUGGAGAAGAUCUACAACAAGACUCACAGGGCGAAAUUUGCCUGGGCUAUUGACAUGGCUGAUGAAAACUUCCAGUUCUAACACAGAAGAAUCUGUGCUUAUUUUUUUUUUCUCUGCUCAUUUGUUUUCCUUUUCAUUUCUUGUUCUUUAUUGUGACCAUUUUGAACAGCUACUAUUCAGUUUUCUGUGAUGUCGUGUGUUUUUGUUGUUUUUUUUUGACAGCCUUGGUUUAAAAAAUAAUAAUGUGAUGUGUCUUGUGUUGGAUUUAUUUCUAUAGUAAAAUGUGAACACAAAGCUGAA